AUGGGCACAGAAAACAAAGUGUGUCGUGAAACGGUUUCAGUUUUUAAAGAAUUUAAUAUCAAACGACAAUAUGAAACAAAACAUGAAGAAAAAUUUGGCUAUUUAAAAGGAGAAUUACGUGUUACUAAGUUAGAAGCAUUCAAAAAAGAUAUCCACACCCAAAAUGUUUCAAAUUUAUCUAAAAAACAAAAUUCAACUAAAACAAAUGUUGUACAAGCGAGCAAUAAAGUAGCGAAUUUGAUAGCUAGUGAAACUAAACCUCUAAGUGAAGGAGAUUUUAUAAAAAAAUGUAUUUUAACUGUGGUUGAAGAAAUAAUUCCUGAAAAAUUAGAACUUUUUAAGGAAAUAAGUUUAUCACGAAACACAAUUACCAGACGUGUUGAAAAUAAAGGGAAUAACAUACUUACACAGCUACAGAACAAAGCACCAGAUUUCAAAUAUUUUUCGCUAGCACUGGAUGAGAGAGUUGGCUUCUUUACAAAGUAUCGAACAACAGGGGCUGAUAUAUUUGAAAAAGUAGAUCUUUGUCUUCAAGAUCUUAAGCUCGAUUGGAGAAAUCUAAGUUGCAUAACAACAGACGGCGCUCCAAAUAUGAGAGGAGAAAAUAUUGGUUUUGUUGGUAGAGUAAAUAAACUUUUAAAAUUGAAAAAUAUUGAACCUCCUAUUAAUAUUCACUGUAUUAUUCAUCAGCAGGCUCUCUGUGGAAAAGUUAUAGGUCUCGAACAUGUUAUGUCUGUUGUAACAAAAGCGGUUAAUUUUAUUAGGUCUCAUGGCCUUACUAUGAGUAAUCAUAGACAGUUUCAAAGUUUUCUUCUCGAAAUAGAAGCUGAGUACAAUGAUGUGGUGUACCAUAAUCACGUUCGAUGGUUAAGCAGAGGAAAGGUUUUGAAACGAUUUUUUGAUCUACGAGAAGAAAUUGAAAUGUUCAUGAUCGACAAGGGCAAACAAAUUUUAGAACUUAAUACUACUACUUAA